CCUUUAGCAAUCACUGUGCCCCCUCCAGACUACCCUGUCGAGUCUUCACGCUUCUCGCCCGAAUCUCCUCCCCUUCCACGACCCACCCACAAGCGAUCGCAGUCCGCCUGGACGAACACGAACACGCUCAAGUCGGACGCGACGCCGCCAAAGGAUCCCGAGCUAGGCCCGGUGUCCAGUCCUCAAGCCCCGCAUUUCCGCGACAGGUUCACCAAGUUCUUCUUCGACAUUCGCAUGGCCAGACAGCGCGACCCAGUCCUCCUUCCGAUACAGCAGCCUCCUCUGCAACAGUGGCGCGGGAUCGAGAAGCAGGACCAAUGCCAACACUGUCACAAGAAGCGGAAACGGGACAAGCUGCUCAUCAUCGCGAUCAUCGUGUUUCUGCUGUACUUGUUCAGCAACAUGGUGUUCUUGAACGUCCGUGUCCUGAACAUGUCGUCGCCACCACCGCCACCCUCCACAAACUCAAGCGCCUCAUCCUCUACGUCCUCACCCAACACUCUCUCUGCCGACGCUCAGCAAUGCAUCUCGCAGUACACUCUCAAUGCGCCUACCGAUCCGCAGUCGUAUCCAUGUUCGACGUGCUACCCUGUGCUCAGCGCAGUUCCCUCGAACUUCUCCGACGGGAACUCCCAGGACGCCCAGACGAUCGCGGACGCGGUCCAGUUCUGCGGGCUGCGGAGCAUAUUUGAGACGUCGAACAGCGACGGGCAGGCGGCGCUGUCGACGGGAGGUUGGGACAAGGACGUGCGCUUUUGCGCAUGGUCCGGGGUGAAGUGUGACGGAUUUGGACGCGUUUCCUCGCUACAACUCUCGUUCCCUUCGGUCCCUGCGAGCAUUCCAACUGAGAUCGGAGGUCUGACAGGCCUCACCAGCCUGCAGGUCAUUGGAGACACCAACGUACCGGGAGGAUCCUUACCCUCGACCUUCGCCCAGCUGACAGGGCUUACGAGCCUUGACCUUGAGUCGACGGCUAUCACCGCGUUCGACACAAGCUUGUUUACGUCGUUGAACAAAGUCACCACCCUUACCUUGGUCAAGAACGCGAACAUGGGAAGUGAGCUGCCAUCGAGCGUCUCUGCUCUACCUCUGCAAAACUUGGUCGUCAACAACCAAGCAUUGGCCUCAGACACGCUCUCUACGCUCGUAUCCAGUACCUCUCUCCAAGGAAGCCUGAAGCUCCUCGAUCUGUCUUCCACCUCCCUCUCAGGUUCUAUCCCUUCCGGCAUCUCCUCGUUCACCUCCCUCGUCGAGCUGCACCUUGACGGCAACUCGCUCACGAAUCCUCUCCCCUCGUCCUUCCCACCAUCCCUCCGCACGCUCACGCUCACGAACAACACGCAACUCUCCGGCGCCGUCACCUCCGGCACCUCCUUCUGCGCGCUCUCGGGGCUGCAGACGUGCGACAUGCGCGGCACGGGCCUCAGCGCGCAGGGCGCGUGCGGGCCGUGCCAGUUCCAGUGAUGCACGCCGUCGCCAGGAACUUCCGCCCGACAUUCAUUUGCGCGUGCUUUGCCGCGAUUCCUC